AUGGCAUCGCGAUUGCCCACGGGACCAUGGACGGGCAGAACACUGGAUAACGGAUUCUUAUCGAUGAUGUGCCCGGCUGCUGAGGCCCGCAAGCACAAGCUCAAGACCCUUGUGCCCGCUCCCCGCUCCUUCUUCAUGGACGUCAAGUGCCCCGGAUGCUUCACCAUCACCACCGUCUUCUCCCACGCCCAGACUGUCGUCAUCUGCCAGGGCUGCACGACCGUCCUCUGCCAGCCUACCGGUGGUAAGGCCAGACUCACUGAGGGCUGCUCUUUCCGGAGAAAGUAGAUGGCUUCGUUAGCUGUUUUCUUUUCUCGGCAUAAUGGCAUGGUAGAUGGGGUCAUCUCGGUAUCUGCGGCUACUUCCAGUCGGGGCGUCUAGACAUUACUCUUGAUCGUCAAUCAAAAUCAUUUGCGGACAUCCACCAACUACCACGCGCAGCACCAUGGAAGGCGUUAGGGGGUCUGGAAAUCUUUUGUCUUGGUCGCCUUCUUCGACUUUCAUCCUGCGGUGUGCUGCGUUUUCCUGACGUCGUGUUGUCUUUGCUGUAACGGGCAGGUUUAUACUGCGUGGGAGGGAUCAAUCAGCGCAAAGCCAGUUUUACACGUGCUUGGGACCAAUACCUACCUUUGCGGGUGGGAUGUGGUUGGCAGUCGCCGCUGAAUGCGAGAUCGAGGAUCGCCAAAAGUCUUGGUUCAGUAAGCAAGGUAGAGGAGGAAUCUUUGUGCUUUGUUAUGAAUUCAGGAGAGGCUCCAUCAUGCAUUUUCGAGUCCCCUCAGUGAUUUAGCUGCUGUGUCUGCAUUUGACUCUGGCCAGCCUGUUUUUCAUGUUUGCGGUUGAUAGUCGACGUCCGGCUUUGCUAUUAUGAAGAGAAGCA